AUGAAACCCCAGCGAGAGAUUCUACCCGCAGGCCCAACAGCAGCCAGCAGCGCCUCCUCGGAGCGGGAGUCGACCCCGCAAUCCGCCACCGGUACCACAUCCAGUGCACCUAGACGCCGUCCCCAGACCAAGAUUGCCUGCACAUCCUGUCGCCGGCGGAAAUCGAAAUGUGAUGGCAUGCGUCCCGUGUGCUCCCUGUGUGCCGGCAUGGGUCGUACCAGGUGCGAGUACGAUGCCGGCCCAGACGUCACCCGCUUUGCUGCCCUCAAGACCAAGCACGAGGAGCUGCAACGCCGCGUCGCCCUCUUUGAAGAACUCUUCCGCCUGCUGUCCAUGCGCUCCGAGGCCGAGUCCAUCGAAAUCAUCCGCCGUAUGCGCACCACCAACGUAGAAACAGACCUCGAAGAUCUCAUCAAGUUCAUCAAGAACGCCGACUUGUUGAUGCAACUGGCCUCUGUCCAGUCGGACCAGGGAGCGACUCCAGGGGCAUCGGGUGCCGGCACGCACUCCUCAAACAUGCCCCUGGACGACAUCCCCUCCCUACUCGAAUUACUAAAAUCGGCCGUUUCCAAACUCGACGCCUCAGCUCGGACUGCUUUCCUGGACACGAUAAGACAUCAAAUAGACCUCUUCACCUCUCGUGAGGGCGGUCGAUCCGGCUCUGCUGAAACAGUGAAGCUGGAAGAAUUGCCCGAAGGGGACGCAGAGACGGACGGCGAACGACCCCCUGAGCCAGGGGCCUUCCUCAGGCAGCUGCUUAACGAUGACAUGACGAGACCGAACUGA